UUGAUGAACUUGAUACUUUGGUUUCUACAAAUAGAACUGGGAACGAGCUAUUUUGGAAAUCGGACAUUAUUAAGAUUAGGAAAUUGUCGACGAAGACAAGUUACGUUUCUUUGCUGAAGUCACAGUUACAAGACCAGUAUAUAAAGGGCGAGUCAAUCACGACAUGAAGCAGCUUGGUGACUAGCUAAAUAAUCAAGUAUAAUUUUCAGAGUUCCAAAAUGACUUGGUUAAUUUUAGGUUUUGGCGCUCUGCUAUCCCUGGCGGCUGGUGAGAGUCCUUACGGGGAUCGAUAUUCGGGAGGAAUUAGCCCUGGAUAUGGUGGAACGGGAGGGAUGGGAGGAAUCGGUGGGACCACUGGAGGGUAUGGAGGAACAAGCGGAGGCAUGGGAUCGCCUUACCAUGGAACGACAGGCGGCCCGUUUGUGACGACGACCACUGUGACGACUGUCCUCGACUUGAGCACUGGAAUAACCAAAACUUUCCAUUCGUCAGGCAAUCGCGCUGGCGCUGACAAAUUUAGUUAUGGAGGUGAAAGUCGAAUGAUGGAAGGAGGAGGUGGUGGCUUCUUUAAUAUCUUAAGUGAAAACGAUAUUACCACGAUGAACAACAGCUGGAGUAUUCUGAGGAAACGCAGCGAUUUCGCACCCAAAGUUUUUGUGAGAUAUUUCAAAGCCAAACCUGAAGCUCAAAAGCUUUUCCCUGAAUUUGCUAACGUACCUCUCACUGAUUUGCCAAAUAAUCACGACUUCCUGAAUGCGGCCUACUCCUGCGUCGCCAGUUUAGAUUACAUCCUGCCCCAUCUUAAAAUUCCACAUCCCGAACGAUGCCCUGCUCUAAUGGAAUUGAAGAAUAAGUACAGCAAUAUUGACCUCAAGAAAUUUGGACCUAUCUGGAUGACGGCUAUGCAAGAAGAGAUGGGCAACGCGUUGACCAAUGAAGUUCGUGACGUCUGGAAGAAAGCCUUUGUUGCUUUUACCGACUAUGCUUCGCAAUAAAUAAAUUGUUCCUUUUUAUUACGUGGUUUUUGGCAAAUUUUGGGGUCGUAUAUAACAUGGCAUAUUAGGGAUAAUUGGCUUUUUUUUCGGCUGCUAUACAAGCCACAAUGUAUCGAUAGAUUAUUUUAUUUUACUCGUGUUUCGUGCAAUUAAUAAAUACACUAUUCUAUUACGCGAUCUGUUACCGCUGUAUUUUCAUGGAUUGAAAUGGCGCCUCAACUUUUGUUUAAACAAUUAGUCGAUUACUUUCAACAGCACAUCAAGAAGCACAUAUGUGAUAUGUGAGGGCGAGUCCCAUCUCAUGCAAGGCUUGCAAAUCAUUUAUUUGGAGGCAAAGUCGAUCACUGCCAUGACAGACUUCUUCCAAACGUCACGUACUUCAUCGGUGAAGGCGUUGCCCAUCUCUUCUUGUACGGCCGUCAUCCAAAUAGAUCCAAAUUUCUGCAAUUUGUGAUCAACAUUGUUGUACUUGUUCUUCAAGUGCCGAGGAAAGUUAGGACAACGUUCGGGAUGAUCGUAUUUCAGGUAUGGGAUGAGAAAAUUGAGACUAUUGAUGCAGCUGUAGGCCGAAUUCAGGAAAUCUCGAUUGGCUGGAAGUUCCGAAAGAGGAACGUUGGCAAAGCUCGGGAACAAUUUUUGGGAUUCAGCUCACCUCAAAAAUAAUUUCGGAGCAAAAUUACCGCGUUUCUUCAAGAUGUCCCAAGUAUUUAAAAUCACGUCAAUAUCUCGUUCGCCAAAGUUUUUGUACGAUUUUCUAUCGCCAAAGCGAUGGUUCCAUUCAGUGCCACGAGAUCUUGAAAUCCUAGAACUUGCAGGACCGAAAUCGAGAACACUCGUCACGGUGGUUGUUGUUACAAAUGGGCCACCAAUUGGUCCUUGCUGCCUCGGUUCGAAACGAGAACCCACUCCUCCCUUUUGAGAAUGAGACAAUCAGACAAACUUUGAACACGUUAAGAAAUUCUUAAGAGCUUACCGCAGUUUGCUCGUUGACAUUGCUCUGACCAGCAGCCAGCGAAAGCAACGUGAAAACAGCCAAAGCCAACAGCGUCAUUUGGUGAUGGGAAAUUUAAUUUUGGGAACUAGGAAAUACUUAGUCUGCUAAACCGCUUGAUGCUUUCGCUUGCUAAGAAACCCGGGCUUUAUAUAGUGGCUAACUUUUAAGUGUUGACAUCAGCAAACCCCAAUGUGCCAUCGUCGAAGUUUCGUAAAGGAUAUCCAGUUUGUAAAAAUAGUUUGUCACCAUUUCUAUUUGCGGAAUGAUGACAGCUUCAUCAAUUUCAAAGCAGUUCAUCGGCAGUCGAGAUCAGGACGGGAUCAAAGUCAAAUCGUGAAAUUGAGAUCUACCCUAGCAUCCGGCUCCCCAGCAUGUUUUGCAAAAUUUUUCGCAUGUUGUCCUAUAAUUAAAACAACUGGCGAGUUUCAGAGGAGCACACGUGGAAAGGGCUUUAUUGAAUGUACUGGAAUGAAAAGAAUCCACUUCUUUUAACAAAACAAAUCGGCAUAGGAAUAGCAGGUUAGGAACAUGGGCUCUGCUGGGACCACCCUGACCGGCAAUGACAAAGUGUUGCCACAUUGACCUGGUUACACGGUUGGAAUGACUAUGAAUUUUGACCGAAAGGAAAUGAUUUAUUGAUUAGAAGGUUGACAUGGCAAAACCUUCGUCACGCUUUGUUGCACAAUGCCCGGAAUUCCCUCAUCCACAACCUACAUUCUUGACAUUUCAAGAGGAUUUGUCGGGUUAAUCAACCGUUAGCCGGCAAUAUUAUUCAAGCAGAUGACGUGCUGUGGAAAGCCAUGCUUGCGUCGGAUGAAGAGAAUGGCGUUUCCAUCGCGUUUUAGCUGAUAUUGGGCCUUUCUUUUUUGUGAGUCUGAAAAAGUGCGUAAUCAUUGUCCUACCCACUGUAUGCAACAGCAAAAACAAUGGUUGCACAUCACAAAGUUCCAGAAAAUUCAAGUUUGGGGGUGGCACUCGUACUGCCAUGGAUUACUUCACCCCCAGCGGAAUUGCCCUCGAAUUGCUUUUCAGUAACAAACCAAGGCGUCGCAGUCAAAUCCAAAUCUGGCGAUGGAUCUGGAGUUGCUGGCCGGUCUUCUGGUUCCAAUCCGAAUGGCCUUAACCGAUAAAUCAGGAAUUUUUAGUUGACGAUGGUAAUCAAGCGCAACGGAAGGAUGGCGAUGUAGAUAUCGCGGAUUAAUAAGAUUGCAGACGUAGAAUAGCGGAGGAGGAAAGUAACUAGUCAAUUCAAAACAAAAUUGUUUUUUGGGGUCAAUGGUAAAGCCUGUCCCCAAUAUCCAAUUGUUUUAAUGGAUUAUCGCAAAUAAGUAAACCAACCGGUGUCAAGUUAGUAUCAAAGGCCGCUUGAUACUUCUUUCCCAUUUCCCAUGUUCACACCAGAUGUCAGGUGGAUUACUGAUUCUGCAGUUGCGCACCAAAGAAAAUGAGUCGUUCAUGUUCGGCUUUGUGUAUUUCAUAGGACCAACGAUUGGGAAAUAUCUUCCCUUAAGAGCCAACCGAUAAAGUGAGUAUAAUGAUUGAAUGGAUGAUCCCCCUCAUACAGAUAUACCCCUUCGCUUAUGCUGGCAAUCUGCACCCAAACUUUGUCACUCGCUUGCAAAGCUAAGGUCGUAUGAAUAGUGUUAAAGGCUCCAAAGCUAGAAGUACUGGCCACCUCGUCUUCGUAACCGUCUCCGAUUGCUUGGCCAUUCAAGUAAAGAUUCAUCCGAAAUCCUUGUCUGACUGUUGAGCCUGGAAAGUAAGCGAUGCCGGAAAAGGAGAAAAAUUUUUCAAUUUCAAAGGGAACCGGAGUAUCCAAUUGGCUGAAUGACGAGUUUUUCUGAACGUAAAAAUAAGUUGGUGAAGAUUGAACGUCGUUAAAUCCAAUCCAUGUCUGGAAGCCUAAGACAAGUUUACCUGGCUCGUUUGGCAGUCUCGCAAAGUCGCAGUACACACUCUCGACCAUAUCGACACCCAUAAUGGAAUACAACCCGUUUAAGGUGUGUCCAAUCCGCCACAGAUCUUUACACGAGCCGGGGAUUCCGUUGACGGCUGUUUGCCCCGUGCACUCAAAUCGACCCAGUGUGUAGACGCCGGAUGAAGUUUCCAGUUGCGUACGGCCAAAAUUCAAGCGUGUGAUAGGUAUGGCAAAAGAAUGGAGUUCAAACUCGCCAUCGUCGGACAGCUGAAUUGGAGCAGCAGCGUCGCAGUUACACUUGACGAAGGUUUCGACGCAAUUGCCGUCGAUGCCGCACUGGCAGGUAUGGACGUCGGUGUUGCCCCCCGACCAGAAGUAUUUAGAGUUUCCAUUCCUGUCGUUCCACCAGCAAAAUGCGACGUCGUUUAAUUCAAGAGAUUGAUGGCACUCGCUUGACAACUGGGCCAAUGCAGUUAUUUGUCUAUUGGAUGCAUUGUAGUUGAUGGCUCUGGAAUAGCAACCUGGAUCGGUACAAUGCCCUACAUCCGUUGGCGAUUCACUAUCAUGAAGAACAAGCGUGGAUCCUGAAGACGAAUAGAUAGGAUCAUCACCAACUCCUUGACCGUCUGGAUCGAUCCAGUACAUUCCAGAUGGUAGCGAGGGAUCGUUGGCUCUGCCCUCUCUGCAUGUUCUUGGGACAGCCUUUUUCUCAACUGAUCUUGAGACAGAAUUAGAGUUUGGCUCAUUUUUCAUCAGAACUAGUUCCAGUUGAGCUAAUUUUUCCGCCAAGAUUUCCUAUUGAAAAAUGGUUCUAGGAUUGUGAGCAAGUUCAUCUUUGCAAUAAUGUGGGAAGGAGAUGCAUUUGUUCUUCCAAGUUAAAUGCCGUAGCACCAGCUGCAUUAUCCAAUAUCACGAAAAUUAUUGCAACCGUAUUGAAGAAUAUAACCAUUUUGAGAUAGUCGAACGGUGUAACUGAGGAGAAAUUAUUUCAUCUCUUGAUUUGGAUAAUCGACAAAAUUGUUUGAAUGUUAUCUCGGCUAGUGUUUAUCUUAAACGAAAGGAACGACGUAAAUUCAAGAUAUAACCAUCCAGACUAUAGUUGAAGCAUAAGAAAAGAAUUUCAAAAUUAUUUAGAUAUUAAUGAAGUCUACGUUCAUUUUGCAAUCGAUCAAAAAUCCAGUCUUUUUUUUAUUUUUUAAUGUCAAUGAAAUAAAC